CCUAGAGUCAAAUUUCAUAGGAGACGUAACGUUUGUGUAGUUCAACGUCUUGAAACCGUUCGAAACUCACUUGACCAUUCCACGCAUUUACAUUUGCUUUCAUUUAUCUUGCUUUAUCUAAUAUGCGCCCAUCGAUUUACAUUGCGCGUGGUCUGAGCCUCGCCACCCUGUUGAUGGCACUGGGAGUUUCUGCUUCUCUGGAUGAUCCCGAGAUCGUCAUCGAAACCACAUUCCCCGAGAGCAACCCAUUUGGCCACGUGGUAAACGGAGAGCGUAACCAGAUUUUCCUCGUGGUUGAGAAUAGGUCUGACAAGAAUGUAACCUUGCAAUCGGUUGCGGGGUCGUUCCAUCAUCCUGAAACUGGAACUCUCAUCAAAAAUACGUCUUCACUGACGUAUGGUUUCCCUCUGCUCGAGGGUUCAAAACUACAAAUUCCUUACUCUUUCUACUCUGAAUUCAAGCCGGGAGACUUGAGACUCAACCUUUGGCUAGAGCACACCGUUGAUGACGACAAAUACCGUGUGACAGCUUACGACUCAGUUGUGACGAUUGUUGAGCCUGAGCCAUCAUGGUUGGAUUUCAAACUCCUUUCCACUUACCUCGUAGUUUUCGCCGCACUUGCGGGUGUUUCAUAUGCAGCAUAUAAUGCAUACAUCCCUUUACAGAAGCCGAAACGCAAACGCCCAACUCAGGUUAGCGCACCUGUCGGCACAGUAACUGCAAGUGGUUCAGGUGGUUACCAGGAAGAGUGGAUUCCUGAGCAUCACCUCAAGAAGACCAAGGGAAAGAAGACAAAGCCCGACAAUGCUGUAGUCAGCGAGGAAUCGAGCAGUGAGGCGAACGGCACAGAGGGAAAGAGGACGAGGAAGGGGAAAAAGCAUUAAUGGGCCGAGUAAAACAAUUGUCUACUACUAGACAAUCUUUGCAUCCUACUGGGUAAUUUAUACGGCAGCGGUAAUCCUUGUGCGGCGUGUGGAAGAGUCCCAGAUGUUGAUAUCAGUGGAAGUAUCGCCUACUGGGCCUUGCGAAUACUAGUACCUUCCUCGAUAUCAUUUGUUGAUCACUCAUCCGUGCGUUUUGGAUCCCUUUUCGAAGCUGAGAGUUUUGACGUCGCUAGGAGCGGAUUAGAGCU